GCACCAGAUGGCCGGCGCUCUACAUAAGUGGCGUGGGACUCACAACUGGUACAGUAAGUUGUUCAAGGUCAACCAUGGAGGUAGUAAGCAUGAUCCUGACUGUGGCGCAGAAAAUCGUGAUGGCGGCGGAGACGGCCCGCCAGAACAAGGACAAGUGCCUGGAGCUUGCCGAACGCGCAGGCGUCAUCAGCGAAAUCCUCCGCGCAGACCGUGACGCCACUCUGCAUGCGGCCGGCGGUGGCGCUCCCACGGCGGCUCCACCGCCGGGGCCCCUCACAGACACGGCGCGGAUAAGGAAGGAUCCGCUGGACAGGCUACAUGCCGCCCUUAGCGAGGCGCUCGAGCUCGUCGAGUCCUGCCACCGCUGCUGGUUGAUCUCCAUCCUCUGCAGCGGCAGGACUGCCACGAGGUUCCAGGACGUCGACCGGAGGAUCACCAACUGCCUCACGGACCUCCACCUCGCGGAGCGGGUAGCCGAUCGCCUUCGUGCUCGCCACGCCAACAGUAGAGGAACAGGCUCGAUGGGUAGGGAGGCGGCCAUCACCGCGCCGCCACCACAGCAGCACCAGGUUGCGCAGGCCGUGCAUCGUCGGGUGCCAUCGCACGAGGUACAGGCCACGCCUCGGGCGUCGUUGGCUAGCCCUGGCCUGGCGGAGGCCUUGCGCCGCAUCGGCAUGGAGCAGUCCGCACCGCCACCGCCGCCCGGACUGCCACCACAGCAGCACCAUGGUGCGCAGGCCGCCCCUCGUCGGAUGCCAUCGCAGGAGGCCGCCCCUCGUCGGAUGCCGUCGCAGGAGGCCGCCCCUUGCAUGCCGUCGCAGGAGGCUACCCCUCGUUGGAUGCCGUCGCAGGAGGCCGCCCCUUGUUGGAUGCCGUCGCACGAAGCCGCCCCUCAUCGGAUGCCAUCACAGGAGGCCGCCCCUCAUCGGAUGCCGUCACAGGUGGCCGCCCCUCGGAUGCCGUCGCAGGAGGCCACCCCUCGUCGGAUGCCGUCGCAGGAGGCCGCCCCUCGUCGGAUGCCGUCGCAGGAGGCCGCCGCUCGUUGGAUGCCGUCGCAGGAGGCCGCCGCUCGACGGAUGCCGUCGCAGGAGGCCGCCCCUCGUUGGAUGCCGUCGCAGGAGGCCGCCCCUCGUCGGAUGCCGUCACAGGAGGCCGCCCCUCGGAUGCCGUCGCAGGAGGCUACCCCUCGUCGGAUGCCGUCGCAAGAGGCCGCCCCUCGUCGAAUGCCGUCGCAGGAGGCCGCUCCUCAUCGGAUGCCGUCUAGAUCACUCUAG